AUGGCGGAAGCUUUUGAAGUCUACGCCUACGUGGUGACCGCGGGUGUGUUCGGCAUCCUUUUCGCGGCCUACCUGUUCUGGGAAGUUUCCAAGGUCAAGGUGACUCGUCGUGGCGAUGGCUACGCGCUGCUGGCGUCGGAGGUGCGCCACCAGACUGCCGACCGUCUGUUCGAGAUCUUCUGCGCCAUUCAAGAGGGCGCCCGCGCCUUCUUGCUGGCAGAGUACACGCUGUGCUUUGCCUUCAUCAUCGUCUUCGGUGCCGUCGUGCUUGUACUGACGUCGUUCGUCAACAAGGACGGCAAGCAGUUCGACUGGCUUUUCGGUACGCUGAACGCCACGGCCUUCGCCGUCGGUGGUCUCACCUCGAUGGCCGCGGGUUACAUGGGUAUGAUGGUGGCUGUCUACUCGAACGCUCGUACCACGGUCUCGGCCAUGAAGGAGGGUGCUCGUGGCUGGCGUGACUCGUUCAACACGGCCUUCCGUGCCGGUGCUGUCAUGGGCUUCGGACUGAGCUCCAUGGCUCUGCUGGUGCUGUUCAUCCUGAUCAAGGCUUUCGAGACUCAGUACCCUCUGUCGACUGACCACAAGAAGUUGUUCGAGGCCAUCUCGGGCUACGGUCUGGGUGGUUCGUCCAUUGCCAUGUUCGGCCGUGUGGGUGGCGGUAUCUACACCAAGGCUGCUGAUGUCGGUGCUGAUCUGGCCGGUAAGGUCGUGGAGAACAUCCCUGAGGAUGACCCGCGUAACCCCGCUACCAUUGCUGACAAUGUCGGUGACAACGUCGGUGACGUCGCCGGUAUGGGUUCGGACCUUUUCGGCUCGCUCGCUGAGGCGACGUGCGCGUGUCUGGUGAUCUCGACUCAGAGCCCUGAGAUCAUUGGCGCUGGCUGGCCUGCUGUUCUGUUCCCGCUGGUGAUCACCGCUACCGGUAUUUUCGUGUCUGCAAUCAUCAGCUUCCUUGCUACUCACGUGUGGACUGUAAAGAAGGAGAAGGACGUCGAGCUUGUGCUGAAGGUUCAGCUGUUCGGCUCCACCCUGCUCAUGACUGUUUUGAUCGUUCCCGUGGCACUGUGGCUGCUGCCAUCGCACUUCUCUAUCGGUACGGCGUACCAGGUGACCCCUAUCCGUGCUUUCUACUGUGUUGCUGUCGGCCUGUGGGGCGGCUGCAUUGUCGGCUUCGUGACGGAAUACUUCACCUCGCACAGCUACAAGCCCGUGCGUGAGGUUGCUCAGGCUUGCGAGACUGGUGCCGCUACCAACAUCAUCUACGGUCUUGCUCUGGGCUACAAGUCGGCUAUCAUCCCUAUCACGAUCAUUUCCCUGGCUGUAUACGUUGGAUUCUCGACCGCUGGCAUGUACGGUGUCGCCCUUGCCGCUCUUGGUUUCCUGGGUACGCUAGCCACUUGCCUGGCUAUUGAUGUGUAUGGUCCCAUCUGUGACAACGCUGGUGGCAUUGCCGAGAUGGCUGAGCUGCCCGCUGAAGUGCGUGACAAGACUGACGCUCUUGACGCUGCUGGUAAUACCACGGCUGCUAUUGGCAAGGGUUUCGCCAUUGGCUCGGCUGCUCUUGUGUCCCUCGCUCUUUUCGGUGGCUUUGUCACUCGUAUCGAAGAGGAAUCUAUUAACAUUUUGAGCCCGAUCACGUUCGCUGGUCUGUUCAUGGGUGCCAUGCUGCCGUACUGGUUCACUGCCAUGACGAUGAAGUCGGUUGGCGUUGCUGCUAUGGAGAUGGUCAAGGAGGUCAAGCACCAGUUCGCCACGAUCCCUGGUCUUCUUGAGGGUCUGCCUGGCCACGGCCCUCCGGACCACGCCCGUUGCAUCAAGAUCUCUACCGAUGCUUCUCUGCGUGAGAUGAUCCCGCCCGGACUUCUUGUGAUGCUCUCCCCUAUUAUUGCCGGCACCUUCUUCGGUGUCCACGCCGUGUCUGGUCUGCUUGUCGGCAGUCUGACGUCGGGUGUGCAGCUCGCUAUCUCGCAGUCGAACACUGGCGGUGCCUGGGACAACGCCAAGAAGUUCGUGGAGAAGGGAUGCGUCUCCAUUGAGGACAAGGAGGGCAAGCUUAUUGUCCAGGGCAAGGGAAGUGCCAUCCACAAGGCCGCUGUCAUUGGUGACACCGUGGGUGACCCGUUGAAGGACACUUCUGGUCCGGCCCUUAACAUCCUGAUGAAGCUUAUGGCUAUCAUCUCGCUGGUGUUCGGAGACUUUUUCAAGAGCAUCAACAACGGCCGCGGUCUGCUGAACGUGCCCGCCGAUGUGUCGGCUGCUGCUGCCCCCGUUGUGGAGGUCACGGCGGCUCCUCAGCUGUAA